AUGGAACAGUGUCGGAAACAGUUGGGGAUCUGGCACCUUGCCAAAAUCUCCAAUCCGGCCAACCAGGGCAGGCCUUGUAGCUGGUGGCCUGCACGCUUCUUGCUCUUCGCUUCGCUUGCGGCCGGCGACAACGCAACGCACGGGGACGCGGGCGCAACCGCAAUGGGCGACGGCGCGAACGGGCACGCCGGGGCGGCGGAGGAGAAGGCGGACGAGCUGCGGCGGCUGCUGGGCAAGGCCGACGGCGACCCGCUCCGGAUCGUGGGCGUGGGGGCGGGCGCCUGGGGCAGCGUCUUCUGCGCGCUGCUGCAGGACGCGUACGGCCACCUGCGCGACAAGGUGCAGCUCCGCAUCUGGCGCCGCGCGGGGCGCGCCGUCGACCGCGCCACCGCGGGCCACCUCUUCGACGUCAUCAACGCGCGCGAGGACGUGCUGCGCCGCCUCAUCCGCCGCUGCGCCUACCUCAAGUACGUCGAGGCCAGGCUCGGGGACCGCACGCUCUACGCCGACGAGAUCCUCCGGGACGGAUUCUGCCUCAACAUGAUCGACACCCCGCUCUGCCCGCUCAAGGUCGUCACCAACCUGCAGGAGGCGGUGUGGGACGCUGACAUUGUCAUCAAUGGAUUGCCGUCUACGGAGACCAGGGACGUGUUUGGGGAGAUUGGCAGGUACUGGAAGGAGAGGGUCAAUGCGCCCCUCAUCAUCUCGCUCACCAAAGGGAUUGAAGCCUCCAUAGAUCCCGUGCCCAGGAUCAUCACGCCCACGCAGAUGAUUUGCAAUGCAACUAAGGUUCCAUUGGACAAUGUUCUAUAUCUUGGUGGCCCUAACAUUGCUUCGGAAAUAUAUAAUAAAGAAUACGCAAACGCUCGUAUUUGUGGAACUGACAAAUGGAGGAAGCCUCUUGCUAAAUUUUUGAGGCAGCCUCAUUUUAUCGUGUGGGAUAAUAAUGAUCUCAUCACUCACGAGGUCAUGGGAGGUUUGAAAAAUGUGUACGCCAUUGGUGCUGGUAUGGUGGCAGCACUAACCAAUGAGAGUGCAACCAGCAAGUCUGUUUACUUUGCACUUUGCACAUCUGAAAUGAUCUACAUCACCCACCUUCUGGAAGAAGAACCCGAAAAACUUGCUGGGCCAUUAUUAGCUGACACUUACGUCACAUUGUUGAAAGGUCGUAAUGCUUGGUAUGGGCACAGGUUAGCUAAAGGAGAACUGACUCUGGAAAUGGGUGACAGCAUAAAAGGCAAAGGGACAAUACAGGGUGUCUCUGCAGUUGAUGCAUUUUAUCAACUUCUCAGUCAGGAUAGUUUGAGUGUAAUGCAUCCAGAAGCUAACAAAUCUGUUGCGCCGGUUGAGAUGUGCCCCAUCUUGAAAACCCUUUAUAAAAUUCUGAUCAAGAGGGAACUUCCUACUGAGUCAAUUCUUCAGGCUAUAAGAGACGAGUCAAUGUCUGAUCCACGCGAAAGGAUUGAGAUGGCGCAGGGCCACUCACUUUACCGACCAUCUAUUCUUGGUCAACCAAACCGAGAUGCAAACGCCUAGACAGAUUCCCCUUUCGGUUUCCUUUUUUCAAUUAGCUGUUAGACGUUUCUGAGGAUUUAUGUGCUGUUGUGCAUUCGGCAUUUCGGCUGCUGCUGCUGCUGUUGUAACAUUAGUAAGUUCAGUUAAGAUUUUCAAUUGAUUAACAUUUUAAAGAA